AUGGCUGAUUCUUCUGAUGAUUUGCACCAAACUCACCCAUCACCUUUGGUUCCUCCUGAUCCUCAAGAUUUCUCCAAUUUAUUCAACCAACUCAUGGAUCCUUCUUCUUCUUCCUCUCUCAAUUUCUCUCAUCCAUUUCCCAACUCUUCCACUACCAUCCCUUACCCUCCUAAUCCUUUCACUUCUUCUUCAUCACCUCAGAAUGAUGAGGCUUCAGAGUUACCGUCAUCAAAAGCUACCCCACCAUCACGUUCUUCAUCAAAGAGAAGCAGAGCGGCAGAGUUUCAUAAUUUAUCUGAAAAGAGAAGGAGGAGUAAGAUUAAUGAGAAAUUGAAAGCUUUGCAGAAUUUAAUUCCAAAUUCUAAUAAGACAGACAAAGCUUCAAUGCUUGAUGAGGCUAUAGAAUAUUUAAAGCAGCUUCAACUUCAAGUGCAAAUGUUAAUGGUAAGAAAUGGUUAUAGCUUGCAUCCGGUGUCUUUAUCGGGAGGAUCGCGACCUACAACAGCGUUUUCUCAAACCGAUUUAUUCAAUCUUGACGAGGGUAAUAUUGGAUUUCACAAUUCUAUCAACGCAAUCGCAUCUUCUGCAAACGAUGAAUCUUUCGUGCCGCCUAGUUUUAGUUUUCCAGAACAAGGCUGCAUCUCGAAUCAAACUGUCGCGGCAAAUAUAGCUAACUUUGAUGCCUCAUCAAGUUUUCAACCCGCUAUUAAGGAUGUUUUCUGCAAUAACAUGCCGCAGCUGAUUUUGGAUUCAACAAGGACUGAAAAAACUCUUCCUGAUAUGUCUUAA